AUGCACUCCCAAGAUAUCGACCAAGAUAAUGACAAGGACCAUGAAGCCGGACUCGUCACUCCAGAGGAAGCAAUCUCACACGACCCCAACAAUCCGUCGGAAAGACCGCAAGAAGAAAACCAAGAAGCACUCACCCAUCGGAAUGAACAAAUCGCACCGCCUCCGCCAGAUGGAGGUUACGGCUGGGUCUGCACGAUUUGUUGUGCCACGAUCAACGCUCAUACAUGGGGAAUGAAUUCCGCCUACGGCGUCUUCCUCGCCUACUACCUGCAAAACAAUCUCUUCCCCGGCGCAACAUCCCUUGAAUACGCCCUGAUCGGCUCCCUCAGCAUCUCCAUGGCAAUGUUGAUUUCCCCCAUCGCGACCUUGACAACGCGAUACUAUGGAACGAAAACCACCCUCUUCAUUGGAAUUUUCCUCCAAACAACCUCCUUCCAAACCGCCUCCCUAGCAACCCAAAUCUGGCACCUCUUCCUCUCCCAAGGCCUCUGUUUCGGUUUCGGCAUGGGUUUCCUCUUCGUAGGCUCCGUAGGAAUUCCCGCGCAAUGGUUCACCAAACGUCGUUCGCUCGCCAACGGUAUCGCGGCCAGUGGAUCCGGUUUCGGCGGGUUGAUAUAUUCGUUGGCGGCGGGCGCUAUGUUGCAAUCUGUGGGUUUGGCCUGGACGUUUCGGGUUUUGGGAAUUGUGGCUUGUGUGGUGAAUGGGGUUUGUGCGAUUUUGGUUAGGGAUCGGAAUUUCGAGGUGGGGAGUCGGCAGAAUGCAUUCGAUUACAGACUCUUCCAACGCGCCGAAUACCUCCUCCUCUGCGCCUACGCCUGGUUCUCCAUCCUCGCCUACGUCGUCCUCAUCUUCUCCCUGGCCAACUAUGCCAAUUCCAUCGGUCUCGAUGCUUCGCAUGCGGCCAUUGUAUCCGCCUUGUUGAAUCUCGGACAGGCGUUGGGGAGGCCGCCUGUGGGGUAUUUUUCGGAUGGGAUUGGGAGGUUGAAUAUGGCUGCUUUGAUGACUGCAGCAGCAGGCCUCUUCACUUUCGCAAUCUGGAUUCCCGCUCAAUCAUUCAGUAUUCUAGUUUUCUUCGCUUUGAUCGGAGGAGCAGUAGCAGGAACAUUCUGGGCCACCAUCUCGCCCCUCGCAGCCGAAAUCGGAGGACUUCCCAAUCUCGCUUCGGCAUUAAAUCUCAUCUGGCUCGUUAUUGUUUUACCUUGUACUUUUAGCGAACCGAUUGCGUUGGAAAUUGUUAGGGAUAUGGGGGKAGAGUAUUUUGGGACGCAGAUUUUCGUGGGGGUUAUGUAUUUCGCAGCGGCAAUUUGUUUGAUGUUGUUAAGGGGAUGGAAAAUUGGGGAGGUGGAUGAGUUGAAGAGGAUUCGUGAGCUACGACGAAAUUCUUCUCUUGGCCCUAAUAACGACGAUGAUGAUGAUAAUGAUGAUAAUGAGGAGGAGGAGGAUAAGGAGAAGACGGCUCAAAUCGCACGAAAACAAGGACGAAGGAGAAUCUUGAUGGAUUUUGCAAAGUGGCGGAAAGUAUAA